AGAACUCCAUUUUGUCCUCUGGACAAAACUCCAUUUUUGCCAUAAGACCCAGAAGUCUCCCCUCAAUUUCCGGCAUUUGAUUGUACUUGGGAGAGAUUGUAAUCUCGAUUGGAAGGUCCAGAUAUAUUCUUCUUCUGAUGAGUGGGUGCUUAGAAUUUGAUGGACGAUGGGCUCGGGAUAGAAAAUGGAAGUUCUGUCUAUUUGCCCCUAAUUUGAUAUCUCACCCCAGGAAUGUGCAUGGCGCUUCAAGCAUUUUUAUCUCCUGAAUCACAGGGCUACCUAAAUGUUUUGACCGGAUAUGAGGAUGGUUCCAUGGCUUGGUGGGAUGUAAGGAAUCCAGAGGUUCCAAUGAAUUCUGUUAAGUUUCAUAAAGAACCAGUUUUGAGCCUUUUUAUUGAUGGGGCAUGCAGUGGUGGUAUCUCUGGAGCUGCUAAUGAAAAACUUGUGUUUUUCUCUUUGGAUUAUCAAUUGGGAUCAGCACUGGUCAAGAAAGAAAUUACAUUGGAGCGACCUGGAAUAGCAGGAACAUCAAUCCGGCCAGAUGGCAAAAUUGCUGCAUUUGCUGGCUAGGAUCACCGGUUAAUCAC